GCAGCCUCUCACCCUUUUCUCGACAUCUAAUUCGUGCGUGAGCCCAAGUCCCGUCCCUCUCUAUGAAUCUUGAUGUUUUUUCUCCUUCGCCUCCAUCCUUGUCUCGUUUUCUCAUUGCGGAUUGCCUGAUGUUCAGGGUUCAUGGAAAGUUUUCGUCGGCAAAUAAAAGAAUAAGGCACAGGAGUACAACACAGCACAGACAGAGGAAAGGGCAAGAAGAAAAAAGUGAUAAGUGACCCUGAGCGAGUGAGUGACUCGAGUAUAAUCCAUGAUUAUGCAGCAAGAUAGAGAGAAUACUCCAUACACAUCUCGUGAAUACUCCCAGCACACCCGCAGUCCACCCACCAUCAGCCGUAUUGGUAUUAGUUGAUCUGAUAUAGGUAUGGUCUACUUCCUAGUCGAGACUAAUAUGAUUUAAAUCACAUCUAAGGUUUUUAAACUUUCAAAAGGAAUCUCCACUUCACCAGGAUUAAACUUGAUAUUCUUGCUAAUAGUACGAAGUGUUUCCUGAUACCUAUCGUGGGUUCAUUAAAUUGUAGCAACUAGCUGGAUCAAUCACCAAUUCUUGGACCUUGGACUUUGGACUUUGAACUUUGAAUAUACUUUAGACUCUGAACUCUACCUCUUACUCGCCUACUCGCCUACUCGCCUGCUUGUCUGCUACCCGCUGUCCUCCUACCCUCUAACCCUUCCGCCUCCGUGCUGUAUCGUUCAUUUUAUAUCUUUUGGCACCAGCCGCACUACCCUUUCUCUCAUCACACCUCGUACCAUACUAUAUACACCUCACACUUAGAAAACUAUAAUGUCACACUUAAUUUGAGGAGAAGAAGAAGAAGAAGAAAAGAGAGAGACGAAAAAAAGGGCAGCCGCAGCAAAGAUAUACGCAUCAAACCUUCUUUCUUCAUCUAUCCUUCCUUCUCUUGUUCCUCGAGUUCUAGAUCUGCAGCCUUUUAAUAGAACCACACACACAUACCUACACAUACCUACCCUCACAUACCUACACAUACACAUACACAUACACACAGCCGGACCUCUUGAGAUCUGGAAAAUCUUCCCGUUCUAGAUUGCUUGUUUGUAUCCCUUCAAUAUCCAUCCAUCCAUCCAUCCAUUCAUUCUCUUCAAUAUCAAUUCUUCUUUUAUUACACUUUAGCACCUUUUAAGGCAUUCUUUUUAUUUUUUUCGACCGACGCGACGGCCCGUGCAUCUAGAAAAAGGUCAUUUGUACUACUAGGUACCUGGAAUCAUCGUCCCUUUUUUUUAUAUAUACUCCCGUCUCUAUCUAUAUAGAGGUUAUCCUCGCCCACAUCGUCGUCGACAAACCAGGUUCUUUGGGGGGAAGGGAACAAUAUCGCUUGAUAUUCCUGUCAUCGGACAGGUUCCCGCGCAAAUAUGAUGGAGAAGGGUGGAGAUAUGGCUGGUCCUUCCGCCAACAAUUCCAGCGACUUUGUCCGAAAAUUAUACAAAAUGCUCGAAGACCCAACAUAUGAAAGCAUAGUACGGUGGGGUGAAGCAGGAGAGAGUUUUGUGGUUCUCGAAAACGAGAAAUUUACCAAACAAAUCCUCCCGAAGCACUUCAAACACAGCAACUUUGCUAGUUUUGUUAGGCAGCUGAACAAAUAUGAUUUCCACAAGGUCCGACAGAAUAAUGAGGAUAACACACAAUCUCCUUAUGGGCAAAAUGCUUGGGAAUUUAAACAUCCCGAAUUCCAAGCGAACAAAAAGGAUUCACUGGAUAAUAUCAGACGAAAGGCACCAGCUCCGAGGAAGGUUGCUCAGAGUAAUGAAGAAACGUAUCCGGCUCAUGCCCAACAGCAAAUGGAUCUCCUUGGUAAUCAGCUCGCCGCCACUCAACAACAGUUACAGGGUCUCUCUCGGAGUUAUCAGGACUUAGCACAGCUCAACGUAAUGCUAUUACAACAAGUUGUCGAUGCUCAAAAGUUCAUCAAAAACCAUGAAGGAGUUAUGCAUGGUCUCGUUGGACAUCUGUUUGGUCAGGACGCGCAACGAAGGAAUGGUCGGGCUCCAGGACUUUCAAAUGGUGCUGGGCCCAACAUGCUCGGCCGACCUACAGAAGAUGGUCAUCCGUCAACUCCAUUGCUUCAAGCUCGAAGCCUUCUUGGGCAACUAUCGGCCGAGAAUUUUCCCAGCAAAGAGUUAGAACAAAUGAGUCACGAUUAUCAUUUACGACAAGAUUACUCAACUCCCCCAAAUGAUCCAGGCGGACUUGUUUCAAUGCCUCCGAUUUCAGAAUCAGUGAAUGCCCCAACAACGGGCUAUUCUAUGGACAAAUCCGAAUUGGAUAACUUGGUCUAUCCUGUUGGUGCUAUCGUCGGUAUUGAUCCAAUCGAUCAACAGCAUGUCAAUAACAUUCCAUACGCGCUUCCCCCUCAAGGAUUGAUGCCAAGGGACAGUAUGCCCCCUGCCGAGCUGAUGCCCCAACCUCCUCGUGCACCCGGUCCGCGUAAGAAGGGUAUGGUUUCGAUUUGGGGUGAACGGAAGCCCAGGAUCUUACUGGUAGAGGAUGAUCAGGUAUGCGCACGAAUUGGAACUAAAUUCUUGGAAUCAUUUGAAUGUGGAGUUGAUAUAGCACGUGAUGGCCUCGAGGCAGUAAGCAAAAUCAACCUUGGUGCAGAGAAUCAUUUCGAUCUCAUUUUAAUGGAUAUUAUUAUGCCGCACCUUGAUGGAGUGUCUGCGACUGUUUGCAUACGAGAAAUACGUGCAAACAUUCCCAUCAUUGCAAUGACAUCAAAUAUUCGAACUGAUGACAUUGAAAUGUACUUCCGUUACGGUAUGAAUGAUGUCUUACCGAAACCUUUCACGAAAGAGGGUAUGAUGAAAGCACUUGAGAAACACUUGGCUCAUUUCAGAAAGGAUGCGCCUUCGAUCGGUUUCUCAAGCCCUGGACCAAUGUCACAUCCGGGUGGAUUUGUUACCCCAACUCAAUCGCAGUCUCACCCUCCAUUGGGUCUAAACAUGGGUCAAUUAACUGCCACCCAGUCCAUAGUAGAUGAUACAGCUUCUGGAAAGUCACCUCAAACUGCUACAUCUUGGCAGUCGCCAAUUCAAUUAUCAGGGGGGUCUCCAGUUGUAACCUCGGCCCCAGGUAGCUAUAUGCAGCCUACUAAUGGGAUGAGAGACCCAUCAUAUUCUGUGACCCCAACCCAUCCUCAUUCUCAAUCUGGUUUCGCUCCGCCUCUAUCCGGUUUAGGUAAUCAGAGACCUCCACAUAGGAGAGGCAUAUCCGAUAUAAGUGGUGCCAGUACCCCGGAUGGCAAUUCUGAUCAAAAACGCCAGAGAAUGUAUGCCCCGCCUGGAAACUACCAGCAAGGCUGAAAUAUCUUUCUCAACUGCCUACUUUUAUUUCAAAAAGACGAGCCCCCCGUUUUAAAAAGCUUGUUGUUCGAUCAAGCAAGAAUAACCCAAGCUACAAUACUUGAUUACCUGAUGAGGACCUUGGCUCAGGACCUUGACUUACCUCCUUCAGUCCCAUAAACUUCUGCUAGGUAUCUUUCCGACAGAUCAAUUCUCAAAGAUUCUGCACUCCAUCGCUAUUGACUCGAUUGGUCUUUUAAUUUGUAUAUUUUUCUCAGUCCCUGAUUUAGAUUUAAUUAUCUAAUCACUGCCGGACAAAUUUUUUGGACAUUAAAAGCUCAGAUAGUAGCUUCUUUUAUAUUUCUUUCGCGAGCAGGACGGUUUGACGAGAACAAUAUCCAGCGAGCCAUGAAGGCAUCUCGGUGUUUGUUGAAUGAUUAGAAAAAACUUAGAUGCGAAUCAUGGCAUGGUUUGGUCUGGAAUCGGAUGGGACAGGACGGGGCGUUUAUAUGGAUGAACGAGUAGCCGGGAAAUCGGACAGGUCGAUAUAUGUCUGAUUUAUUGUCGAAGUAAUCCAACUCGGGACUUCGAUACGCAGAAUUGACAGAUUGAGAAACAAGUAUAGCUAUUUAUUAGCUACCUAGAAUUGUUGACGGUCGAAAACUAUUCAUAGGUUUUUAGAUUGAUAAAAUAUAAAAAAAUUGAAUACCCAAGU